AUGAUUGGCAUCCGCUUUCCGAGAGGGCUGAGCGUGCCGAUGGGCCGCCAGUACCACUGUAAGUACCACCGUAAGUACCACCGUAAGUACCCCUGUAAGUACCACCAUAAGUACCACCGUAAGUACCACCGUAAGUACCACCGUAAGUACCACCGUAAGUACCACUGUAAGUACCACCGUAAGUACCACCGUAAGUACCACCGUAAGUACCACCGUAAGUACCACCGUAAGUACCACCGUAAGUACCACUGUAAGUACCACCGUAAGUACCACCGUAAGUACCACCGUAAGUACCACCGUAAGUACCACCGUAAGUACCACCGUAAGUACCACCGUAAGUACCUAGAAGUACCACUGUAA